AUGGGUUUAAAAACAUUAAAAGCGUUGAACACACCACAAGAAUCAACCCCUGAUUAUAUGCGAGAAGAGAUCGAAGAAAAUCUUGAAGAAUUAAAUUCAAAACUUGGCGCCCCUAUAUCAAACAAAGAUGCAUCUCUUUAUGAUGCUCUCAAGAAAGGCUCAUAUUUAAGUAAAUUUGAACAUAAAGAAAAGAAAGAAAAAAACAACAAUUUUAUUCAAAAACAAAUUAAAGACAAUAUUAUAGUUGGUAACUUUAUGAUAUAA